AUGACGUCUCAAGUCGAAGACAGAGACUUCACGUCUCUGCUCUCGGAGCUCACCCUCGAUGAGAAGAUCACCCUGCUCUCGGGAAGGGACUUCUCAACCGCAGCAGGCGUCCCCAGACUGAACAUUCCUCCCAUCAAAGUCGCAGACUCCAUCGCCGGCGUCCGUCCGAGCGGGCUCACGGCAGACAUGACGACGGCCUGCUUCCCGAACACGGCGUGCCUCGGCUCGACAUGGGACGCCGCACUUCUCAGCCGCCUCGGCGAGCAGCUCGCACACCAGGCCCGCGACAAGAGCGCGCAGGUGGUGCUCGGCCCGACCAUCAACAUGCACCGCGACCCGCGCGCCGGCCGCAACUUCGAGUGCUUCAGCGAGGACCCGCUGCUGUCCGGCCAGCUCGCCGGCGCCAUCGUCAAUGGCGUGCAGAGCCGCGGCGUCGGCUCGUGUCCGAAGCACUUUGUGUGCAACGACUCGGAGACGCUGCGGCACUUUUACGACGUGCGCGCGAGCAUCGACGGCCGGACGCUGCGGGAGGUGUACAUGGCGGCGUGGCAGCACUUGCUCCGGACGGCGAACCCGACAGGCAUCAUGACUGCAUACAACAAGGCCGACGGCACGUUCUGCAGCGAACACGGCCCCCUGAUCGAGGGCGUCCUGCGCAAGGAAUGGGGCUUUGAGGGCAUCGUCAUGUCCGACUGGUUCGCGGUGCACAACGUCGUCGAGCCCAUCAAGGCGGGCCUCGAUCUCGAAAUGCCGUUCCCCGUGUUCAGGGGAAAGAGACUGGCAGCGGCGGUGCGGUCCGGUGAGGUCACCGAGGCCGAGAUCGACGCCCGGGCACUCAAGAUGCUGGACCUCCGGAACCGGACACGGAGCUGCCACGGCGAGCGGCCCGAGAGGUCCGAGAUCAGCGAGGAGACGAACAAAUUGGCGAGGGAGCUCGCGGCGGGAGGAAUCGUGCUUCUGAAGAACGAAAGGGGGGCCCUGCCGAUCAGCCCCUCGGACGCGCCCAAGAUCGCCCUUAUCGGGGAGUUUGCCGGGACCCCAGUCGUCACCGGAGGCGGGAGUGCCUCCUGCAAGCCGCAGUACAUGCACUCGCCAUUCGAGGUCCUCAAGGAGACGUUCCACGGUGACAAUAACGUCCGAUAUCACGCCGGCGUCCGGACGCGGCGGGUCAUCCCCCUCGCACCGACGGCGCAGCUCACCUCGGACGACGGGCGUCACGGCAUCGACGUCCGGUACUACAACGACGACGCGCCGGAGCCCAUCCUGACCGAGUUCCAGGAGAAAGCCGAGGUCUGGAUGCUGGGCGAGUUCAAGCCCGGGCUGAAGGUGCCCGGCUCCCGCGUCGAGCUGAGCACGAAGCUGACGCCCGAAACGACAGGGGAACACACCCUCGCCGUACGAGCGACGGGCGAGUUCUCCCUCACCGUGGACGGGCGUGAAGUCCUCUCGGGACCCCAGAAGGAGAUCGCCACGGAGCAGUUCAUCUUCAACCACGUCAAACUCGAGACGAGGGUGCAGAUUCCCAUGAACGCGGGCCAGGCCUACGCCAUCAGACUCUCCAACAGGUCCUGGGACCACCUCGUCCAGGGCGAGCCCACGCCCUACGCGGCGGCCCUCUGCUUCGAGGAGUACCGCUCCGACGAGGCCGCCAUCCAAGAAGCCGCCGAGCUCGCCGGGAAGUCGGACGUCAGCAUCGUCUACGCCGGGCGCAACGAGCAGUACGAGUCCGAGGGGUACGACCUCGAAGACAUCCGCAUGCCGGCGAACCAGACGGCGCUAAUCAAGGCCGUUGCGGCGGCCUCGCGGGGCCGGACGGUCCUCGUGCUGCACUGCGGCAACCCGAUCGACGUCAGCGCCGUCGUCGACGACGUGGACGCCGUCCUGCUCGCGCACUUCCCGGGCCAGGAGGGCGCGCGGGCGACGGCGGAGAUCCUGGCGGGCGAGACGAAUCCGAGCGGGCGCCUCGCGACGACGUGGUUCCGGACGCUGGAGGACGCGCCCAGCUUCGGCGAUUUCCCGGCCACGAAGACCGAGGACGGUAGCCUCUGCCUCAGGUAUGCAGAGGGUCUCGGGGUGGGAUACCGGCACGCCGAGGCGGCGAGGCGGGCGAGGUGGGAGUUCGGGUACGGGCUUUCGUAUACCUCGUUCAGCUACUCGGACCUCGCGGUGGCCGUGGUCGACGAGUCUUCUCCCCCUCCUUCCUCUUCCGUUUCUUCUUCUACGAGUGGUGGUUCCAAGCUGCGCGUCUCCGUCACAGUGACCAACACGGGGUCCCGGGCCGGGCGAGAGGUGGUGCCGCUGUACGUGACGCCGGCCGAGGCAGCAGCCGUCUGGAGGCCGGCGCGCGAGCUCAAGGCGUUCGACAAGGUGCUUCUGCAGCCGGGAGAGUCGAGAGAGGUGGUGCUCGAGGUCGAGGUUAAGGUGGCGUGCAGCUACUGGGACGAGGCGGCAAAGGCUUGGAGGCUGGAGGAGGGACGGUACGGCGUCCAGGUCGGCGAUCGCCACGGGGACUUUUCGGUGCUCCGGGGUUCGGUCUGGAACGGGCUGUGA